GACUAGGUCCAUGGAGGAGGCUGGUGGGAGGAGGGGGUUGAGGUGAGAAAUCAAAGCUGAAGCUCUCUCCAAACGCCGCUGAGAGAAUGGGGCGCAGCGAGGAGCUCAGUGACUUUCAGCGUGGCACCGUCGUGGGAUGUCACCUGUGCAAAAAGUCAGUCCGCGAGAUUUCCGCCCUCUUGAACCUCCCUCGCUCCACUGUGAGCGCCGUGAUUCUGAAGUGGAAACGUGGAGGAAUAACGACGGCUCUGCCCCGGAGCGGCCGACCGCACAAGCUGAAGGAGGAGGACCGCCAGGUGCUGGAGAGGGUGGCGCUGGGGAAGUGUUUGCCCUCCAUACAGGCUCUGACCAGCGAGUUUCAGACCGCCUCCGGGGCCAGCGUGAGCUCCACCACUGUCCGCAGGGAGCUCCAUGAGAUGGGUUUCCGCGGUCGGGUGUCCUCGUACAGCAAGCCUAAAGGAGGGCAAAAAGUGUCAAAGAAGCAGGACUCGUGCAGCCAAGACGACGCCAAAGCGGACGUUUCUCGUCUGGACCUGCGCGUUGGACGUAUAAUUUCAGUUCUGCAGCCUCCAGACACGGAUGGCCUGUACGUGGAGCAGGUUGAUGUGGGAGAGGCUUCACCGAGGACAGUGGUCAGCGAACUGGCCACGCACAUACCUGUGGACCAGAUGCAAAAUCGCAUGGUGGUCUUGCUGUGUAACCUGGAGCCAGUUAAGACGGGGGGAGUGGAGAACCAGGCUGUGCUCCUGUGCGCCAGCUCAGCAGACAAGGUGGAAAUCCUUGAACCUCCAAGCGGAGCAGUACCAGGGGACAGAGUUACUCUCCAGGGAAUUCCAGGUGAACCAGACAAAGAGCUGAACCCCAAAAAGAAGGUGUGGGAGCAGGUUCAGCCCGACCUCCGCACAGACAGCCGAGGAGUCGCAACCUACAGGGGAGCUGCCUUUGAAGUGUUUGGAAAAGGAGUGUGCAAAGCCCAAACCAUGAGUGACACUGAAAUCAAAUAAACUGACGGAGCUUCUCCAAAUAGCUCAGAGCACAUACCUGCCACCGUCCAAACUGCUGCGGGAACGCUUCCCAGACGGGUGGAGGCUGUAACAGCAACCCAGUUUCUGGAGUGACAAUCCAGCGAUCAACGUGGGUGUGACCAACAUGAGCACGACACGAGGAUCUGUAGUUUUGAAUUUGUCCAAGGGAGGGCACUAGAGCGCCCGUGGUGGUGCGUGACGGUUUGUUAUGAGACAUGAGAUCAUAUCAGUCAUAUCCAGCAAAGUUCCACAUAGUUCAGGGAAAUUCUUUCAGAGAAUCCUGUUGAGUUGGGAAAUAUCAUUUGGGACAACUUAAAUGUUUCCCUGUGAGACUAUAAAGGCCAGUUCCACUGAACAGUGGCAGAAACUCCACUGUGCAAAAGUCCCUUUUUAAAGAGGGGACAUACACUCACUUGCCAGUUCAUUAAGAAUGCAUUCUACCAUAACAACUCUGUAUGUUUGCUUCAUACAGUAGGUGAUGGAAUUCAGCAUUUGCUUAAAAUAACAGGGAGCUGUUGAUUUAACUGUGUUUUCAUUUUGAAGGCUGUGGUUUGUAGGGCCAUUGUACUGAGUUGUACAAACAGGUUUUCUAUUAUUUUGACAGCCCCAUUUCAUUCAGCGGGUCUUGCUUAAUAAGCGCAACACAUCAAAACGCACUCCAGCGCUGUUUCUACGUAGAACUGAACAUUAUAACAUGUAUAAAGUUAUAGAUUUAAUGCAGAACUGAAAUGAAGUACAUUUGAACAAUGUACCUAAUGAACUGGCAAGUGAGGGUAGGUUGAAAAUUGGUCAGGUGUGGGACAGACUUAUCAGUGACUGAUGUCUGUUCUUGAAACAGUUUCUGAGUCGAUUUAUUGACUCAUUUGCUGACUCAUUUAUUCUUUCAUUUUGUAUAAUGUAUUAUUAACAUUUCUUUAAAAAGGCUGCUUCUGUUUAUCUGUAGCUUCCCAGGAAACUUCAAAAAUGGACCCUUCUGAAUCGCUGAUUUGGGUUGAAAGGUGUUUAUUUAAGUUUUGUGUCGACUCUGUUUGUAGAUAGUUACGCUGCUCUUUAGAUGUCAUGGCAUGUUAACUUUUGUACGUCGUGAUUGCCAAUUAGCAUAUUUAUUAUUUCAAGAGGAGAAUAAACCAACGUGUCUUGUUUUUAAAACA